AUGGUUACCUCGUUUGUGGCAAACAUGCAGCCCCUCUACCGAUCUGCUUUAUCGGUAGACACACAUCACGCUCACAAGUUCUUCGAGGACGACGACAAUAACGUGCUGGACGACAACAUUCUCGAUCAGAGCGCUGUUGACUCAACUCUCGAACUGUCACCUCAGAUGCUCGAUAGCCGCAGAGAGUCUUUCGCUAUUGGAGGUCCUUCACUCUUUUCUCCCAAGACAGACGAUUGGCACUCGGUCGACAUGCAGUCCGUUCCUUCCAACAACCCCUUCUUCGACCACACCAGCAACAACUUCAUGCGCCCUGAGCAGAACCACACCCUGGCGCCCCAAGCCAAUGGGUGGAACCCAUUCCCUCAGGUUGACGGCAUCCAGCCAGAGUAUGAAGCCAGCGCCGCCAUGUUCAGGGCCAUGCCAGGGCAGACUCCAUUCACCCACCCAGGCAACAUGUUUGCGAGUCUCGCAUCUCAAGCUCAGUCCAUUCCUCCAUCACCUCAGAAGGACUUCAUCGGCAACGCUCAGAUGGGCGGCAAGAAGACCCGACCAAGCAGCCCUGCCAUCCGCUCUCACAAUGACCUUCGUCGAGGUGAUGGUAUUCGUAAGAAGAAUGCCCGAUUCGAGAUUCCUGCCGAGCGCAACCUCAGCAACAUCGACCAGUUGAUUGCUCAGUCUACCGACGAGGCCGAAGUCAAGGAGCUCAAGCAACAGAAGCGACUGCUUCGCAACAGACAAGCAGCUCUUGACUCUCGCCAGCGAAAGAAGCAGCACACUGAGCGCCUCGAGGAUGAGAAGAAGCAGUACACCGCUGUCAUCACUGAGAUGGAAGAAGAGAUGAACGAGCUCAAGGCCAAGAUGGACCAGCUUCUCCGAGAGAAGCAGAGCUACGUUGAUUACGUUGAGACCUUGACUCUGGAGCGGGAUGAGAUGAUCCGAUCCCACACCAACGAAACUGGUGAGUUGAGGAAGAAGAUCGCCGUCCUCACCGAUCAUGUCCAGAACAACAUGGGAAGCAGCGCCCCCAACGCAGCCAAUGGUUUCACCGGCGGCUACGGCGACAUGGAAGACCUGACCAUGAACGCGCCCUGGGAGCAGAACACCUUUGUCAACAACUUCCCCAUGGAGCCAGAGGUCAAGCAGGAGAUGUCCAUUGUCCCUGCCAAGAAGACCGAAGCCACAUUUGCUGGAGAAGGCGAAAAGUCAACUGGCCAGAAUGGAGGUCUUCUCUUCAUGCUCUUCCUCGUUGGUGCAUUUGUCUUGUCUAGUCGCUCUACUCCAUCCAUCCCUCGUGUGUCUGAGGAUGUUCGAGCUGCGUCGGCCACUCUGCUCAACAAUGUUCUGAAGGACGCCGGUGUUGGGUCGCAAACCACCACCAUGCAAGCCCUUGCUCCCCAGCCUUCUGGCUCAUGGUCCGACCCCAGCACUGGCGUUGCUUUGAAUGACAUCAUGCCCGACUCAGUGGCUCCCUCUAUGCUGGGCGAGCUCGGUGAUUCUCUUACUCAACCUACACAAGAACAGACUAAUGAGCAGAUCUUCUCCCUCUCCGCCCAACAAUAUAACGGGGUCAUGGAUCAGGACUUCAUCCACAAUGGAGCUCCAGAGAGGUUCAACAGCCAGGGCCGACGCAACUUGGCCCAGGAACUUGCAUCAAUGAGAACCGCAAUCAAACAAGACGGUGCCGCCGAGGUCUACACUCGUUCCCUGCUUUGGGAUCAGAUUCCUCGAGACGUUGUACGAAAUUUCGCCUCCAUGGUCGCGGAAAGCAACAAUGCGCAAAAUGAGCAACGCAACGAAGCAAUGACAUAA